GAGGGUGGAACAAAGGCAUUCAUCAUUUUGUUAUCAAAACUUUGUCGAGUGAAUCUAUAACACAUUCUUGGACAAUUAACAAAGCUUAAGUGGCUGUAAUCUCGAAUUACAUAUUCUACAAGUCCUUCAUUUCUUCACUCAAAUUUUGCAAAUCCCCAUGUCUCUCACAAACGCAACCCCAGCAGAAGCUGCGAGCGGGGCUAAGACUGCUUCUCACAUUCUAGCUACACUCCCAACAGCCUCUAGAAAUGCAGCUCUAACGGCUAUCCAUGAUGCACUUCUCCAGAAUAAAGCAGAUAUACUAGCAGCCAAUGCCCGGGAUCUUGAAUUGGCUCAAAAAGAAGCCGAAGGUGGUCGUUUAAGCUUAAGUAUAGUGUCGAGACUGGAUUUGGGAAAGAAGGGGAAAUAUGAGGAUAUGUUGAAGGGAAUAUUGGAUGUCAGAGACCUCGACGACCCUGUUGGAAAAGUUACAUUGCGGACACGACUUGAUGAUGGUCUAGACCUUGAGAGAGUCUCGUGUCCCAUUGGAGUCCUUCUGAUUAUCUUUGAAGCACGACCCGAAGUCAUUGCAAACAUUGCUUCGUUGGCGAUCAAGUCCGGAAAUGCCGCUAUCUUGAAGGGUGGAAAGGAAUCUACAGAAUCUUUCAUUGCUAUCUCUACGGUAAUCUCAGCAGCUUUACAAUCGACAGAAGUUCCUGCAGCUGCGAUCCAAUUAGUCACUACUAGGGAUGUAAUUCCUCAAUUAUUGGCAUUGGACCAAUAUAUUGAUCUCGUUAUUCCAAGAGGAUCGAACGAAUUGGUCAGAUAUAUCAAAGAGAAUACGAAAAUUCCAGUCAUGGGUCACGCGGAUGGCCUUUGCUCGAUAUAUCUUGAGAAAACGGCUGACCCAGCAAUGGCAACAAGAGUUAUUGUCGAUUCAAAAACUUCAUAUCCAGCUGCUUGCAAUAGCGUGGAGACUUUACUCGUUGAAGAAGCAGCUCUCGAGACAAUUCUCCCGCAAGUCGCAGGAGCACUCUUAGAGAAGGGCGUUUCCCUACGAUGUGACGCUUUAAGCAAAUCAGCUCUUACAUCAAAACUUCCAUCUAAUCAGGCAGUCUUCCUCCAAGAUGCAGUUGAAAGCGAUUUCGACACGGAGCAUUUAUCCCUUGUUCUUGCCAUCAAGACUGUUUCUAGUCUCAACGAAGUCAUUUCACAUAUCAACAUUCAUGGUUCUCAUCACACAGAUGUGAUACUCACGUCAUCUUCUGAGCUUGCCGAGCGAUUUAUGGCUGGUGUUGACUCAGCAGGAGUUUUCUGGAAUACCUCCAGUCGCAUGGCUGAUGGUAUGCGCUUUGGCUUCGGUACCGAAGUAGGAAUAUCAACAAACAAGAUCCAUGCACGGGGACCAGUUGGUUUGGAAGGUUUAAUGAUCUACAAAUACAAAAUUCGCGGCAAUGGUCAGAUGUCCGUUGAGUAUGGUGAGGGAGAGGGCCAAAAAAGGUUUAAGCAUGAAAAUCUCUCGAUAUAGUUUUCUUAUCGCAUCAUAAAAGGCAAUCAUGUUUUCAAUUGUAGGCGUAUAUAUUUCUUGGCGCAUUCGCGUCGAGUUCAUUUUUUUGAUUGUUGAUACUUGAGGCGUCUGAGAAACUUGAGACGAGCCCGUGUACAUGGAUUUGAUCUGUUGAACGCGUGAUAGUGUGCAUCUCUUCUCUUCGCUUUCCUAAACAUCCAAGAAUUUGGCCCAAACACCGUUUCUCCA